UAAAGGCAGAGGCGUGGUUUAUGUGAAUUUAUGGAGAAACCCUCUAACUGCAUAACAGAUGUGAUGGGGAGGGGGAGAGAGAUUAGUGGUGCUUUAAUGAUUUGAAAGCACUUGAGCUUAAAGCUGAUGGGGAGGGGGUUAAACCACCAGUACCAUACUUAUCACAAUAUACACACAUCAGCAUGUCUGGCUGAGGGCUGCUGGGAAAACAAACCGGCAUCGUCUUAAUGUUAAUUUAGUAAGGUAUUUCCCCACCCAAGAUAUCCGGAGGUAUUCAUUUAUCAGGCUGUGCAUUGGAUUCUUGACACAGAGUUGGCAUGAGGUUUGUGGACAUGGGUGUCCGUGUUCGGCGGACUGCUGAACCAGCAGAACCUGAACCACAACCAAAACCAGAACAUAAGCACCAUCCUGCUCAUCCAACUCAUCACAACUAUGAACACAUGAAGAACAAGUUCAUGAAUGAGCUGGAACAUCUUCCAUUGCCGAUGUGGGCUGUAGGAGCCAUCGUGGUCGUGGUUCUCGCCCUUGUGGCUUGCUUUACAUUUUGCAUGUUCAAGAAAUGCUUUGGCAAGAAGAAGAAAUCCAAGAAGGCUCGAGAGAGGAAGAGAGCAGGACGGAGAAAAAAAGAAGGGACUGAAGGAGAGGGUGAAGGAGAACAAAAGGAAGAAGGAGAAAAAAAGGAGGGAGACGUGCAAAAAGAAGAGCAAGAAAACCUUGGAAAACUGGAAUUCUCUUUGGAUUACACCUUCACUGAUGCUCAGCUGAUAGUUGGAGUUCUUCAGGCUCAAGAUCUUCCCGCUAUGGAUAUAGGCGGUACAUCCGACCCAUAUGUGAAAGUUUACUUGCUUCCAGACAAGAAGAAGAAGUUUGAAACCAAAGUCCAGCGCAAAAAUCUGUGCCCUGUGUUUAAUGAGACCUUCAUCUUCAAGAUUCCCUAUGCUGAAUUGGGUGGUAAAACUCUGGUGCUUCAGGUGUUUGAUUUUGAUCGGUUUGGUAAACAUGAUGUGAUCGGCCAGAUAACGAUUCCCAUGAGCUGUGUGGAUCUCGGACAACCGCUGCAUGAAUGGAGGGAUCUCGAAAGUGGAGAAAAGGAGGAGGAGAAACUUGGAGACAUUUGUAUUUCUCUGCGUUAUGUGCCCACUGCUGGCAAACUCACCGUCAACAUAAUGGAGGCCAAAAAUCUAAAAAAAAUGGAUGUUGGUGGUUUAUCAGAUCCGUAUGUGAAGAUUGUGUUACAGCAUAACGGAAAGCGUCUGAAGAAGAAGAAAACUACUGUUAAAAAGAACACACUGAACCCAUACUUUAAUGAGAGCUUCAGCUUUGAGGUCCCAUUUGAACAGAUUCAGAAAGUCCAGCUCCUCAUUACUGUGUAUGACUACGACAAGCUGGGAAGCAACGACCC